UAUUAAUUUGAGGUUUAUUUUAUUUUAUUUUUGCCACGAUGGCACAUUUGUAAUACUAUUAUCUGAAAGAAAGAAAAGAAAAUAUAAUAGAGCCAGUCAUAUUGUUGAUAAAACUUUGUAAAUUUAAAAUGAUGAUAAUAAUAAAGUAAGAAAGAGAAAGAGAGAGACCUAGAGUCUUCACGAGAGAGAAAAUAAAGGUUGUAUUUUAUUUUUCCUUCGGGAAAGACUAACACAGCGAACCAAUGGUCUGUUAUCAAACUAGAAAAAAAUAUCAAAAGCCGAAAAUAAUAAAAUUUGUUCAACACGUUCAGUCAAUAGUUCACCUUCAACUUGAGAGCUGUCUCCUCAAUAAUAAUUUAUCAAAAAUUAAUACGUGGCAAAAGUCUUUCUUGAACACCGAUUUUUAAUUCUUAAAAAUUUAUUAUUUAAAAUAAUAAAUUUAAAAAAAAAAUCAAGAUGAAUUGCACUGAUCAAUUGAUGAAAAUUACUUUAUUCAUUUUCAAUUUCAUUUUAUUGUUGAUUGGAAUUGGAAUAAUUUGUGUGGCAGUACGUCCAUCAAUUAUUGGUGAAUUUGAUGGUAUUGAAGAAUUAAAAGCUGUGACUGAUACUCUCAAAGAUAUUCGUUUUCCAACAACUGAAUUAAUAAUUGUUGGUUCAUUUAUAUCUCUGGUAUCAUUUUAUGGCUGUUGUGGAGCUGCAACAAAAAGUACAUUUUGCCUCAAGCUUUAUACUGCAUUUAAUUUGAUAAUAAUUGGUGGUUUAAUUGUCACAACUGCAAUAUGUUAUUACCAGUAUAAAGACAUUACUAAAAACGAUGUUGAAAAAUUCAUUGCUGACAAUUUUAAUAAUGACAAAUACAAUGGUUCCAAAACAAUUAUUAAUCUUGUACAAUCAUCUCAAUACUGCUGUGGUAAAACUGGUAAAGAAGAUUAUGGAAAUACUGUAAAUUUUCCACUUUCUUGUUGUCCAAGAAAUUAUACUGAAAUCAACACUUGUUAUGAAAAUGCUUACAAAGUUAGCUGCAUUUCCAAAGUAGUAGAAGUUUUGCACGAAUUUAAUACAGAUAUUGAUAAAGUUAAAAAAUCAUUACUCUACAUUUCUUUGGGUUCUGGUAUCACUGAGAUUGUUACUAGCAUAUUUGCCAUGAGCUUGGCACAAUCUAUCUCAAACGACCGUCGAAGAUCUUUUGGUGCUUAAAAUAAUAAAUUUAAAAUAAAUAUG